GAGAGGAUAUGAGAUGUUAAAAGACUCAAGAGACAUGACAAAAUAUCCAAAAGGGAGACGCACGCCGUACCAUGCGCGCUAAAUUUGUCCCCGCUGGAAAUCGGGAUGUCGGCUCGACGGUGACGCGCAUCACCCCAUUUCACGGAGGAAACGAUUUCGCUGGAACUUUGGAACGGAGGGUCCGCGGGGAAACAUGGCCGAAGGAGGGCCGCGCAGAGGUGGCGGGUCGGACCCCGCCAGGACUCCGCCGCAGAUUCUGGCUGGCUCCGGUUACUGCAAGUGGUUUAAUGUCCGCAUGGGGUUUGGAUUUAUAUCGAUGACCAGCAGCGAGGGGAAGCCAGUGGACCCUCCACUGGACGUGUUCGUUCACCAAAGUAAGCUGGUGAUGGAGGGUUUCAGGAGUUUACGGGAGGGCGAGCAGGUGGAAUUCACCUUCAAGAGGUCGAGUAAAGGUCUGGAGUCGCUCAGGGUCACGGGGCCCGGCGGGGGCCCCUGCUCUGGCAGUGACCGACGCCCAAAAGGGAAGGCCCCGCCCCUCAAGCGUAAACCAAAGGGAGACCGGUGUUAUAACUGUGGAGGUCUGGACCACCAUGCUAAAGAGUGUGGCCUUCCGCCCCAGCCAAAGAAGUGUCACUACUGUCAGAGUGUCACACAUAUGGUGGCCCAGUGUCCCCACAAGACGGCACUGUCCCCCUCCACCUCUCAGGACCCCCAGCGCCCCACCACCUCAGCUCAGUCCCAGGAAGAGGAGAGUCGCUCAGGCUCAUCACCUCGAGAGGGCCUCUCGUCCUCUCCAGAGGAAACAUCUCAAUGUGGAAGUCACUCCCAGCGCUGGAGAAAAAGCCGCGACUGA